AUGAAUAAUUUGUAUAAACAUGCAUUGAAACAAGAACAAGGUAUACGACAGGAACUUGAGAAAUUUGAGAGUGGAGAUGUGUCAGUUGGUUUACAAGGACAAAUUUCAGCAAGCCUUACAGCAUUAAAACGUACAAUUGAAGAUUAUGAUGUACAAGCUAAAAGAGAAGUGAUUUUGGUGAAACAAAACAAAGCAUUCGCAAAUAUAAGUAAAUUAAGAGAAGAUUAUAGUGAAAUGAAUUUUCAAUUUGAACGACUGAAGCAACGAGAAGCCAAUAAGAUUACAGAAAAUAACAGAUCAGAAUUAUUAGGAAGAAGACAUAACACAAAUACGCCGGAACAUCCAUACCAAAAUAAUAUCAAUAAUCAUGUUAACAAUAAUAUGACGAGGGAACAACAUGCUUUAAGAGAACACGAAUUUAUAAAUGAUACAGAAACAAAACUCGAUGAAUAUAUAGCACAUGGAAGAGAAGUGCUUCAUAAUAUUUACGAUCAAAAUAAUAUAUUAAAGAACGCACAAAGAAAAAUGCUUGACGCAGCAAAUACACUCGGAUUGUCUCGUAAUGUGAUUCAGUAUAUUGAGCGUAGAAUGUCUCAAGAUAAAUGGGUGUUUAUAGGUGGAGGGAUUUUUACUUUAUUUUGCAUUUGGGCAAUUAUACAUUAUUUAACAUAA